AUGGAAAGUCCGGAUGCGGAAGCUAAGGCCUUCAACUGUGGACCAAAAGGGUAUCGUAGUCUUCCAACGAGUAUGCUGGGCAGUUUGAACACAGACAAUUUGCAGCUGCGACCACUAGCCGACGAUUCUUCAGAUGGACAGCUUAUGCUGAUGCAGCCACCUAAUGCUUUCAACAAUGAGACCAGUAAUCUUAGUGCAAGCAGCGUGAGUGAUCGCGAACAAGAAUUUACUCCAACAAAGCCUCAAUCAGCACAAGCUCGACCAUCUUCUAUAAUAAAAAAAGCUAGAAAGCGCCGCCGAGGAGACGAAACUCUAAAAGGUGAUCGCAAGAUCACUGAAUUUGUCAAGUCGAAUCAAGCAAGCCCAAAGAGAGCUCAUCUCAGCAAUGGGGAUAGUUCAAACAACUCGGAUAGCCUACAAAUGCAGAAUAUUAGCCAAUUGCCUGGAACUAGUUGGCUGAGUGGGUGCCCGUCGCCUUCACGUCUUACUCCCACAAAAAUCACCAAUCCUCCGCCUCCGAUUGGUGGCUACUCGAGCAGUGAAAACAGUCAAAGUCCACCACGUCGUCAUCGUCAAGAUGCUAUCGUUCAAACAGAUUGUUCACAAUUCCGGGAUGCCAAUGAAGAGAUUGCGCAAAGGGAUCGUCUUAUUGAGGAACUACAACGAAAGAACGACGACACGACGCGCCAAUACAAUAUCGAGAAGCGGAAAAACGACAAGUGCAAGGAGACGAUCAAGCGAUUACUCAUCGAACAAAACAAGUUGGAGAGAAAAGCUUUAUUGGAUAAGACUACAUCUGAUACGCCUCGGAUUGGAAUGUACAAAAUGGUGCGACAGGGUGAUCAAUUCAAAGAUCAAUGGGUCUACGGCUACAGUUUUGAGGAUCUUGAGCGCAAGAAAACCGAAAUCAACCACGAGCGCAAUGAAAUCACAAAUGCAAUGGCGCUGCUGAAGAAGCGCAAACCAACGACCAACCAGAAUCAGAAAAGAGCUGCAUUGGCUAUGAAUAUUCAAAUUGGUCCUGGAGAGCUACCAUCAACUUCUAAUACUGAUGCCGAUGGAUUUGCUCGACCCGAACCACCACUUCGGGAACUUUCCUAUCAGGAAUAUCAAGAACAGGAGGAAAUUUACCGAUUGCGAAAAGAACACCUGAAGAAAGAAGACGCCGAUUUGCAAAUUGAACAGGAUCAGUUGGAGAGGGAGCGACAACUUCACCUGCGAGAGCUGAAGAGGGCCACACAUGAGCGAGAUUCUCGCUACAAGGAUCACGAGCUUCUCAACAAACGAUAUCUGAUGUUAUCACUCUUGGGGAAAGGCGGAUUCAGCGAAGUUUGGCGCGCUUUUGAUCUUGAGGAAAACAAGUACGUUGCCUGCAAGAUUCACCAUGUGAACAAAGAAUGGAAAGAAGAAAAGAAAGCCAAUUAUGUCAAGCAUGCUAUGCGAGAAAAGGAUAUUCACAAAACCCUUGACCACACUCGAAUCGUAAAGUUGUUUGAUCUCUUCACAAUCGACAAUCAUUCAUUCUGCACAGUACUCGAAUUUUGUCCUGGAAAUGACCUGGACUUUUUCUUGAAACAAAAUAAGACGAUUCCUGAGAAAGAAGCUCGUUCGAUCAUCAUGCAGGUUGUUUCCGCUUUGGUUUAUUUGGCCGAACGAAAGCCACCUAUCAUUCAUUAUGACCUAAAACCUGCAAACAUUCUACUGGAAUCGGGAAAUACUUGUGGCGCAAUUAAGAUAACUGAUUUUGGUUUGAGCAAACAGAUCGAAAGCUCUGAUGAUACAGAUGGCCAAAUCGAUCUCACUAGUCAAUUCGCUGGAACGUAUUGGUACCUUCCGCCAGAAACUUUUGUCGUUUCACAUAUGCCGCCAAAAAUCAGCAAUAAAGUUGACGUCUGGAGUGUUGGUGUCAUCUUCUACCAAUGUCUUUAUGGUAGAAGGCCCUUUGGACAUGAACAAACCCAACAGAAGAUUCUCGAAGAAAAUACAAUCAUUAAAGCCACAGAAGUGCAUUUUCUAUCCAAACCACAGGUUUCUUCUGCGGCUCAAGAUUUCAUUCGUCGCUGUUUACAAUAUCGAAAAGAAGACCGUGCUGAUGUUUAUGAAUUGCAAAAGCACGAGUUGUUCCGGCCACGCUAUGCAAAAAAUCUUUCUACAUCACCAAUGACUUCACGAACUGUGAAUAAAAGCGAAUCGUUUGAUGAA